AUGCAGCGCAUACCACAUAACCAUCAAAAUGAUGGAGCGAACAAUAUGGUAGAUGCAGCUGAAACUUCAAAUAAUUUAUGGCCACCAUUUGAGGAGGAUCCCACAACGUACGACCAACAAAAUGAUGGGAACAACAUUAAUUUUGUCGAUCUAGAUGAAACUUCUAAGAAUCCAUGGCCACCAUUUGAGGAGGAUAUCAUACCUUAUAACCAAAAUGAUGGAGAAAACAAUAUGGUGGAUCCAGCUGAAACCUCUGAGAAUCCAUGGCUACUAUUUCAGAAAGAUAUUAUCACAGGUGAGAGAGACACAAGCAUUAUCCCUCAUCAAGAAGACUUAAUCAUGGUGCAACAACCAUCAGAGGAAGCCUUGGCUGCAAGUAGUGUGAAUCAGAACAAUAAAAAGAGAGCCCGCCGGUUGAAGCGUUUUCAAUCUGGAAAGCUAGUGGUGCAACCUGAUACAGACGAAGGGUCGCUCGUGAAAAAGCACGAUCACAAUGCAAAGGAGAGGGUUCGUAGGAUGAAGCUCAAUGCUUCCUAUUUGGCUCUUCGUUCACUACUUCCAGAUUCUCAUAGGUCAAAGAAGAAAUGGAGUGCUCCUGUUGUAGUGGGUAAAGUUCUAGAAUACAUUCCAGAGUUGGAGACUGAGAUUGAGGAUCUUACCCAGAAGAAGGAACAAAUGAUCUCCAUGAUAGAAAAGAGGCAGAUCACUCCCAUCCAAGCUUCACCUUCAGAAUUCGAAACUCCCACAGUUUCAGUAACUGAAGUUAGAAAAGGGGAAGUGAUCAUUCAAAUAUGCAUGAAGAGAGAAAAUUCUAGUGUUUUGUCUACUCUAAUUGCUAACGCUGAAGGUGAAGGAAUGCAAAUUGUCAGUGCUUCGGCUCUUCCAGUCUCUGAUGACAGAGUUUGCUACCAUCUACAUCUUCAUGUGAAUGGAAGUUCCGAAAGAUCCGAUUACAUUGAGGUGUUAAGGACUAAGAUACUUUCAUGGUCGUGCGAGAGUUCAUCUAUUCACCGGCAAGACCAAGAUGGAGAUAAUAUCUUUUAGUAGAAACGGGUGUUAACAUUAACUGCUACAGA